AUGGCCGCAAGGAGGGCCGCUUCCUCCUUCCUCUCGCGCCGCGGCCUCCUCGCGAAGCCUCCCGCCGAUUCUCUUCUCGGAGCAGACAAUGCACGGCGCUUGUUGCUAGGAGCAGUUGACAGGUUCAGCACCGCACCGGCAGCCGCCGCCGACGAGCAGCCGAUCAAACCCCCCGUGGAGGUCAAGUACACGCAGCUCCUCAUCAACGGCAACUUCGUCGAUGCAGCAUCUGGGAGGACGUUCCCGACGGUGGACCCCCGCACCGGCGAGGUCAUCGCCCGCGUGGCCGAGGGGGACGCCGAGGACAUCGAGCGCGCCGUCGCCGCCGCCCGCAGGGCCUACGACGAGGGUCCCUGGCCGAGGAUGACCGCCUACGAGCGGUGCCGGGUGCUGCUGCGGUUCGCGGACCUGAUGGAGCGGCACAACGACGAGAUCGCGGCGCUGGAGUCGUGGGACGGCGGGAAGCCGCUGGAGCAGUCCGCCGGCGGGGAGGUGCCGAUGGCGACGCGGUGCAUGCGGUACUACGCCGGGUGGGCGGACAAGUUCCACGGCAUGGUGGUGCCGGCCGACGGCCCGCACCACGUGCAGGUGCUGCGCGAGCCCAUCGGCGUCGCCGGCCAGAUCAUCCCCUGGAACUUCCCGCUGCUCAUGUUCGCCUGGAAGGUCGGCCCGGCGCUCGCCUGCGGCAACGCCGUCGUGCUCAAGACCGCCGAGCAGACGCCGCUCUCCGCGCUCUACGUCGCCAGCCUCCUCCACGAGGCCGGCCUCCCGGACGGCGUCCUCAACGUCGUCCCCGGCUUCGGCCCCACGGCCGGCGCCGCGCUGUGCAGCCACAUGGGCGUCGACAAGCUCGCGUUCACCGGAUCGACUGGCACGGGCAAGAUUAUUCUUGAACUGGCGGCGAGGAGCAACUUGAAGCCGGUGACGCUGGAGCUCGGCGGCAAGUCUCCGUUCAUCGUCAUGGACGACGCCGAUGUCGACCAGGCCGUCGAGCUCGCGCACCGGCCGCUCUUCUUCAACCAGGGGCAAUGCUGCUGCGCUGGGUCUCGGACGUUCGUGCACGAGAGCGUGUACGACGAGUUCGUGGAGAAGUCCAAGGCUCGCGCCCAGAGGCGUGUCGUCGGCGACCCCUUCAAGAAAGGUGUUGAGCAGGGACCUCAGAUCGAUGGCCAGCAGUUCAAGAAGAUCCUGGGCUACGUCAAGUCGGGCGUCGACAGCGGCGCCACCCUCGUGACCGGCGGCGACAGGGUAGGCAGCAGGGGUUUCUACAUCCAGCCGACGGUCUUUGCAGACGUGGAGGAUGAGAUGAAGAUCGCUCAGGAGGAGAUAUUCGGGCCCAUCUAG